GGCAAAAUUAACCAGAUCGAGUUGUACCGCGUCCGCAUGACUCGAAAGGGCGGCGCAGACGACCACGAGCUCAUGUCCAACCUCCAGAGCCCGCGCUGGAAUAAUUGCAUAUGGACGCUGCAAAUCGCCGACAUUCCUGCCGCAGGAAAACGCCCUGUCCUGGUGCAGAACCUGUACGAGACCACCAUCGUGCAGGCCGACGACAUUCUGGGCUACAUGGACGAGCUCGGAUACAUGCCCGAGACAGAGUACUGGGUGCGCGGUGUGCGGUUCUUCUACAACGACGUCAUCAUCGAGGUGUUCAGGGUCUACCACUGGAAAGAGCAGCAGGAGCUGCUGGAUCCUAAAUACCAGGUGCGGUGUCUGGUUAACGUAGCGCGACUCAACGACUUGGACAGUGUUGCUCGCGGCACGAAACAGCUCGAGGCACUGAAAACCGAGCUUUCGGGCCUGAUAGAGCUCGACCUGUACGAAAGAACGAGUCUCGAUGGCCGCUUUAAUUGGAAUUAAUUCA